AUGAACAAUGAUAACUAUAUGGCCAUUGUCUGCGCAAUUUUGUUUUGCAAUGACGACGAUGAAAAGGACAAAUCGCUACGCGGUCAGCUUCUUGACCAUCUCCAAGAGAUGUAUCCCUUAAUGGCUACAAACACGACCAAUUCUCUCACAAUGCCUACAAGUGGGCUUUCUGAUGCCUAUUCGAUGCUGGCAUUCAAACGACCGGAGAAUAUGUUGAUGGGUUCAGUGUCACUGGUACAUACCUGCGGAAAGAACGAGAAGUGGUACCCAUAUGGGAUUGUUGAUGCGAUCUGCAAUCGCAAAUUCUACAUAAUACCUCAUAAACCACAUCCUCCAGCAUGUGGAUGCAAAAAAGGCUUCAAACGAGGAACGAACGGAUGUCGGCGUCGUGGUAUCGGCUGCAGAUGA